AUUUUCACACACACAUUCCGUUAGUCACUCACGAAAAGAAAAGACGUGGAUAUUAUUUGCAUUGUGAUAGAGAUUUUCCACUUUGGGGAAAAUCUUUAAACAGAAUCACGGCCAACAAACAAUUGUUUAUAUAGUUUCAAUUUUUGUUUGAUAGAAAAGUAAAUAGUGAAAGCAAGUGUGCACUAAGCUAUGCUCUUACCCUGCUAAAGGGGUGGUGAAAAAACCGUGAACACACCAGGUGUAGAAGUUGAAGGUGUAGUGCGGUGUUGUGUAGUGAAAAGGCGCUCCGUCGUGAUGUCACUACUUCACAUUUUUCGUUAAUUGGAUCGCUUUUUGUCAGUGGUGUGCCUUUAAAGCAGCGGACGCUAACGUUUCUAUAUAUUUCUGAUUUUGUUGUAUAGUAGCAAAUUAAUCUGCUUUCGCGCAUAUUUAUGCAAACACAAAGCUAAGUCUUUUAUUAAUUUAGCUGGUGGAAGUGCAUUGUAGCAAUUCAAUUUAAUUCAAUAAUUGAGUACAAUUUAUCAAUUAAGUUGUGAGAUCGAGGUGACAGUUUUUAUACAUCAUCCAUUCCACAUCAGUAAUUUGCAACGACGUGUAAAAAAAAGUUGGUAAAUAUAGAAAAUAAAAGCACGAAACGCAAUUUUAACGAUAAAGCAUGAUACCAAAGAAAGAGUUGUGCUAAAAGCGAUAACGACUUCAUAGAAGGAAGUGUGGAGUUAAGCAGUAGAAUUCACAAAAUAUACAUACGUCCAAGAAGCAAAGUGUAAGAGCAAAGUGAAAUUUUAUUAUUUGGUUUAACUUAACCAAAGAUACGACUAAAACGAGUUAGAAACACGAAAAGCAACAUUUUUACAACAUACACGUCCCUCCAAAAUCAACGAUUCGUAACGCUAUACAGGCGAUCACAACACGAUUCCGCCCACAACAACCUGCCACGCCCACUGUUGAAUAACUAGCCGCCGUAUUACAAACACAAAACGGCCGCCGUCCAGUGCAGAGAAGAACACAACAGAGACACAAACAAAAAUACAUAGAUUCGAGAAUUGCAAAGUCCCACCGCUGUGGCAUAACGACAUUCGGUGAACUUCCUCCCAUACAACUUACAAACACAAAAAACAUUCACGUCUCUCAUUGUCCACAUAAUCCCCCCAGUCAUCCCCUCCAAAAAUAAAACACCCGUCCAUUACAAAACUAUUACACAAACACACCACAAAACGGCUGCAAUAUGUCCGAACUGGAAAAUACGGCAACAGCCGGCAAAACUAUUGAGGAGUUGCACUUGGAAGUAGAGCGACUGUCGCGCGAACUAGAUCAGGCAGCUAGCGAACGCGCACAAUCGGCACAAUAUGGUCUCUCGUUAUUGGAGGAGAAAUUGUCACUUGAACAGAAGUGUGAGGAAUUGGAGACACUGUACGAUCAUGCCAAACACGAGUUGGACAUUACACAAGAGGCACUAGCCAAGUUUCAAACUUCACAAAAGGUCACCACAAAAACUGGCAUCGAACAGGAGGAGUCCUUGCUCACCGAGACGGCAGCACUCGAGACAACAUUGAAUAGUAAAAUACUCGACUUGGAAAAUGAGACAAAGCAAUUGCGUCACGAAUUGGAACGAGUACGCAACGAACGUGAUCGUAUGCUGCAAGAGAAUACCGAUAUUGGACGUGACAAAUCAGACAAUGAGGCUGAGAAACUGCGCCUCAAGGCCGAGGUAAAGGAUCUGAAAUUUCGUGAGACACGCAUGCUAACGGAAUACACAGAAUUGGAGGAGGAAAACAUAUCGCUGCAAAAGCAGGUGUCGAGCUUGAGAAGUUCGCAGGUGGAGUUUGAAGGUGCCAAACACGAGAUACGUCGUCUGACCGAAGAGGUCGAACUGUUGAACUCACAAGUGGAUGAGUUGGCAAAUCUGAAGAAGAUUGCCGAAAAGCAAAUGGAAGAAGCUCUAGAAGCUUUGCAGUGCGAACGUGAGGCAAAAUAUGCGCUCAAGAAGGAAUUGGAUAGUCAUUUGAACCGUGAGUCCAUGUACAAGAUAAGCAAUUUGGCCUAUCUACGCAGUAAUAUGGACGACAACAUAAGCGCCAAUAGCGAUGGCGAAGAGGAGAAUCUCGCCUUGAAGCGCCUCGAAGCCGACUUGACCACAGAAUUGAACGCCACCGACGGCACCAAAUGCGAUCUCUUCUCCGAGGUGCAUUUGAACGAGUUGAAAAAGUUGGAAAAACAAUUAGAAUCGAUUGAAAACGAAAAAAUGCUACUCACUGCGAAUUUACGAGAAGCACAAACUAGUUUGGAUAAAUCACAAAAUGAAAUACAAAAUUUCAUGGCACGUCUAGCGCUACUAACGGCACAUGUCGAUGCUUUGCUACAGUUGAAGAAACAGCUAGACAUUAAAGAUGAUUCCAUGGAAGCGGUGAAGCGACGCAAUGACGAACAAAAUGUACGACAACAACUGCUGGAUACACUCGCACAGUAUAACAGUUGGUUCACACUAUCCUCCAAAGAGAUUGACGGUCUCAAGACUGAUUUAGUGGAACUGCAAAAGGGUUUCAACUACACCGACGCAAUGACAACACUACGUAAUGAGGUCACAAAUUUGAAAAAUAAACUGCUCAGCACCGAGCAGAAAUCGCUGGAUCUGCAAAGUGAUGUGCAGACGCUCACAAGUAUUUCACAAAAUGCCGGCCAAAGUUUGGGUUCGGCACGCUCCACUUUGGUGGCCUUAAGUGACGAGUUGGCACAGCUAUAUCAUCUCGUUUGCACCGUUAACGGCGAGAUACCGACGCGUAUUAUGCUCGACACGAAGAGCGAUGAUAUGAGCUUCGAAAACGAUUCGCUUACUGCCAUACAAUCGCAGUUCAAGUCCGAUAUUUUCACUUCCCGCUCACACACGAUUGAGGAUUUGCAGGGACUUGCCGAUUCGGUGGAAAUUAAAAAGUACGUCGACACUGUAAGCGAUCAGCUCAAGCAUUUGAAAACCGCUGUCGAGCACACAAUUGAGCACAACAAGAAUAAAGUGCGCGGCGAUGUUUCCGAAGCUGAUAAAUACAAUCGCGAGGAAGUCGAGGAGCUGCAAGAGCAAAUCGUGCGCCUUAAGGGCUUGCUCUCACUCAAACGCGACCAAAUCGCUACAUUACGUACGGUGUUGAAGUCCAACAAACAGACCGCCGAGGUGGCGCUUACCAAUCUCAAAUCGAAAUAUGAGAACGAAAAGACGGUGGUCAGCGAGACAAUGUCCAAAUUGCGCAAUGAACUGAAGAUACUCAAAGAAGACGCAGCGACAUUCUCAAGUUUGCGCGCCAUGUUCGCCGCUCGUUGCGAGGAAUACGUCACACAGGUGGAUGACCUUAACCGCAAACUGGAAGCCGCUGAAGAGGAGAAGAAGACUCUAAAUCAGCUGUUGCGUUUAGCUGUGCAGCAGAAAAUUGAAUUGACUCAACGUAUGGAGGAAAUGGAAAUCGAUCGUGAAACACGUUUCGCGCGUCGUUCGAUGCCACCACAGCGCGGCAGCAGCGGCAAAUCCUUCUCGUCACGGCCCUCAACACGUAAUCCGGCUGGCAGCAAUCAGAAUCAAUUCUAACAUAAAAUAAGCGUGCAGCGAAAGAUUUUAGCUUUAGUUUAUACACUGCUUAAGUUAUAAAGUCACUUUUGUGUAAACUGUCACACUAUCCACGAGUCACGUGUCACACACGCACGCAAACACAUACUGUCACUUUUAAGGUAUGAAGUAAUUGCUGAUAAUUUGCCUCGUAAUGCAAAAGAGCAAAAUAUUUCAAGCAAAUGCUGAAUUUAAGCAAAAGAAAAAAACAGUUAGUACGAUGUUUAAAGAAAAUAGUAAGGAGAGCAGAGCAAUAUCGUAAAAAGUUAGCAAUUUUUGCACUAAGCAACUUAUAACGGUAUAAAAUAUUAAUAUCGUAAUUGUUUGCUGCUCUUCACAUCGUACUGAGGAAUUCUUCCGCCCGUUUAACUAAAGACACUGCGUUCGGUUUAAAAGUGACCGUUAUUAGUCCAUAGAAUUUGUUUUUAUUAUUACUUAUCUAUUAGUAAUGCAAGACACUACUAUAUCGACACUAUAUUGGGUAUUAACAUUUAUGUUUUGUGCACACAGUUAUGCCAAACUUGAAUUUGCAACGAAAUUUGUUGGUAUUAAACUCUACAAAGAGAAUACGCGGAAUUGUGGAAAGCUUUAAGUUGUUAUGUAAGCAUGCAUAUUUGUAAAAGAACUCGAAAAUUUUCUUUAAUUCCAAGCAUGCUUGAAAACCCAAAUGUGGAUCGUAUUCUCAACUCUCCAAAUUGUGAAUCGUAAACGCAACUCUCCAAAAAGCUCAAGUCUGCACAACACCUUCUAAAUAAAGAAAAAAGAGCUGCAUAACUAACGCUGAUUUAAAGCAUGUUUGAAAACGCUAAUGUGGAUCGUAAUAAGAACUCUCCAAAAAGCUCAAGUCUGCACAAUACGUUCUGAAAAUCAAGAAAAACACUGCAUAUCUAACGGUAAUUCAAAAUAUGUUUGAAAGCGCUAAUGUGGAUCGUAAUGAGAACUCUCCAAAAAGCUGAAGUUUGCACAAUACGUUCUGAAAAUCAAGAAAAACACUGCAUAUCCAACGGUAAUUCAAAGCAUGUUUGAAAACGCUAAUGUGGAUCGUAAUCGCAACUCUCCAAAAAGCUCAAGUUUGCACAACACGUUCUGAAAAUCAAGAAAAAGGAUCCGUAUAUCUAACGGCAAUUAAAAACAUUUUUGAAAGCGCUAAUGUGGAUCGUAUUAAUAACUUUCCAAAAAGCUCCCGCCUAUACAAUAUGCUGGACAAGGAUUUACGGAAUCGGACUCUGAAUUUAAGUUUGAAGAGAAGCUUUAAAAGAACUAAUUUUCAACUGAAGCUUUGAACUUUGAAGUUUUGUAGAACAACUUUACAUUUAAAGAAAAUUUGCUGGUCAAGAAUAAUUUCGAACAUCGAAGAAUUGAAAUGAGAGCUUCGAGCUUUAAACAAAUAAGCUUCAACUAGCUUUUAACUUAAAAAACAAUAACUUCAAGAAGAAAAAUAAGACAAGGUAUCAAAAGAUUUACCGAAUCAAACUUUAAAUUUAAGUUUCAAGAGGCUUUCGAGCUUUAAAAAACACAAUUUUCAACUGAAACUUUCAGCUAGUAAGUUUUCUAAAAAACACUUAAAAUUUAAAAUGUAUGCCAGACAUGGAAUUAUUUCGAAAGUCGACAAAUGUAUAGCAGAGCUUUGAGCUUUAAACAAAAUAAGCUUCUGUUAGCUUUGUGCUUAAAAAGACAAUUUCAAAAAUAAAAAAAGCAAUGCAAGGUAUGGAAAGAUUUUCGGAUUGUGACUAUUCAUUUGAGAUUCAAGAAGCUUCUUUAGAGCUUUAAAAAAAGCAUUCUUCAACAGGGGCUUUGAGCUUUCAAGUUUUCUUAAAAAACUUAAAAUUUAAAAUGUAUGCCGAACAUGGAAUAUUUUCGAAAAUCAACAACUUUAAAGAGGAGCUUUGAGCUUUAAACAAUAUAAGCUUCUACUGGCUUUGAGCUUAAAAAAAUACCUUCAAGACGAAAAAUGAGACAUGAUAUAGACAUUUGACUAUUCAUUUGAGAUUCAAGAGAAUUCUUUCAAGCUUUGAAGAAAGUAUUAUUGGACUAGAGCUUUGAGCUUUAAAGUUUUCUAAGAAAAAUUUAAAAUUUGCAAAGUAUUCUGGAAGAAGAAUAGAAUCGAAAAUCGACAAAUUUAAAGCUUUAAACAUAAUAAGCUUCAACUGGAGCUUUGAGCUUUCAAGUUUUCUCGAACAACUUAAAAUUUAAUAUGUAUUCUAGACAUGGAAUAUUUAUGAAAAUUGACACAUUUAAAGAGGAGCUUUGAGCUUUAACCAAAAAAAGCUGGAGCUUUAAGCUUUGAAGUUUUCUGGAAAAUCGAAAAAUUUAGACACUUGAGUGCUCGCCUUUAUAUGAGUAGUAACUGAGGACGCGGGAAAAAUUGAGCUUUGAAAAAAAUAGUUCUAAAUGCGUCACAGAAAGCUUACAUAGACCUAUAAAAGAGUCCAUAUACCUAUAAUGGUUGAUAAAAGACACUUUUAAUAUGAAUAAAGUCAAAAGACCCAAAAUUAUAAAAAAAUAAAUGAAAACAUUAUGUCUUACUAUGGAAGCCAGAUCCAUUUGAUUAAAGCAACAAAGCAUUAGUAGAAAGCAACGCUUUGUUACUUUUUUUUACAACAACAAAAGUUCAGUGCCGAGCUCUAUCCAUACACAUUUGUACCAAAAAUCGUACUGAGACAGCGUCUCCCCACAAAUUUCACUUUCUCCUUUGUUAAAUGAAAGUGAAGGCAUACUGUGUGCAAUUUUGUAUUCUCUAUUCACACACAUUCGCAUAGCAGCUGUGCCGCCGCACACUCGCUACCGCCGACUUGUGCGUCUAAAUUAACUAAUAGUAUUGUUUAAAAUGGUUUGUUACUUACAUUUUCUUAUACACUUAAGUAUUUUUAAGUGAUUUUUUCUCAAAAACAAAUAUAUAUACUAUUUAUAUUAUAUUAUUUACGCAUAUAAGUUCCAUUAACGCUACAGCAGCAGCUAUUAGCAGAAUACACAAUAUUUGAUUUGAACAAAAUUUCAUGUUUGAACAAAACAAUUUAAAGUGCACUUUGUAAAUUUUUGGAAAAAAAAUUAUCGUUUAACAAUUUGUUUGAAAACUCAGCUGUACGCUAAAGAACAAAACACAAGAAAAAGAAAGAAAAUUACAUUGAAAUUUGUAUGUUUUUCCAAAUUUAAAUUAAUACACAGUGGCAACACUAAGUUGCCAACAACAAAAAACAAAAACAAUUAUUAUUAGCAUAAAGGAAAAACUUAAAAAGUAUUGAUUAGUGGAACGAACAUUUUUCUAUGACUAAACUACGUUAAGGCAAGAGACGCAUAGAAACGCGCUUCAUGCGCAUGCGUGGCUUUGAGUGAAUGCAAAUAUCUUUUUUUACACGCAAAGAAUGUUCCAUUGUCUCUAAGUAUGCGCGUUGUUGCAAUUUGCUUUCAUUUUCCAAAAUUUUAUUUGGUUUAUUUGGCAUUCGCUUGGAGACACGCGUGGCAUGCAGCGCGUAACCAAUUAAAUAUGUUUAAUCACCAGCAUUAGAGUGUUGACAGUCGUAAUGUUAUUUAAAAUUAUAUAGUUAGCCGAAAAACACACUUACCCACACAUCACUAAUGUGCGCGCCAAGGCGUGGGAGCUAUCGCCUGGCACUUUAUACUUUGUCGACUGGCGCCUGCGCGUCGCUACGCGCAAAAGCAGCUGUAUUCCUAGCUAAAAGUAAAAGUAAA